AUGUACGAACCUAGGAGAUCUUCUAAAUUGCAGUCUCGUACUAGUUAUGAAGAUGCAAAAGAAGAAGAAGAGGAAGAAGAGCUCAACGAAACCGAUGUUUCAUUUUCAACAUAUAUAUAUGGCAUUUCAAUGAUAUUAUCUCAUUUAAUAAAUAAACAAUAUGAUGACAUCAAGCCUUCAACAAUAGCUGAAUACGUCGUUAUUGGUUUCUUGAUAAUCUGUGGAAAUUUGAUGCUUAUCUUUAUAAUAUUUCCUAAAGUGGUUGCAGAAGCAUUGUUAAAAUGUCGAAGAUUUUGCACAUUUUAUCCAGAAGUACAUAGAAUUAUAGAAGAAACUAAGAGGCACAAUCCUAAUUCAAUAGCUCACAUUGACGUCGAAAAAUUCUAUACUUUAAUGUGGAAAAAACAUCACGGCAUCACUUCAAUACCCGAAGUUAUAUCACAAAUGCCUAGAUAUUUGAGAAUUGAUAUCAAACAAGAUCUGAUCUGGCCUGUAUUUUAUCAUAGUCCAACACUAAGGAAAACAUCGGAAGCUUAUAAACGAUGGCUUUGCGAAUAUGUACAUAUAGACUAUAAACUGCCUGGACAAAAAUUCUAUGCUGGACCGUACUGUAAAACACAUUUAUAUUAUCUCAAGUCAGGGAUAGUACAGUUAAUUUCUUGUGAUGAUGGGGCGACACCAUUGAUUUCCGUAACAAGCGGUACUAUUUUCGGUGAUAUAAGUUUCUAUCUUCCGCCAUCUAAAAGAAAUGUUUUGACCCGAUGUCUGACGUACUGCGAAGUGCUGUAUAUAACAAGAAUUGAUAUAUUACAAUCAUUACACAUGUUUCCCGAGGAUCGUCAUUUAGUUCUAAAUCAUGUCAAAAAUAGAAUUAAACACAGUCGUAUUUUAUAUACAUGUAAACAACAUAUAAGGGGUCUAGAUAGAAGUGAAGAUGAAGGUAUUGCUUGGGUUAAAAGGAGGUGGUGGGAGAUAUGUGAAGCUGUUAAUAGUUGGAAUAAGUCCUCGAAGAAGGAAGGAGACAAAUGCCAACUACCAGCGGAAGAAUCUUCUUUUCACUGUGCAAAAUAUAUUGGUCAGCUAGUAUUAUGUAGUAACGUCCAAUUAAAUAUGAAGUCAAUGUUUGCUAACGAAAAAUUUCCGUGGAUAUUCGUCCCUGACUCAAAGUUUGGUCAAAUUUGGGGAAAAAUUGUCACCGCUACGGGUUCCAUUCUCUCUGAAUAUCCAAAUGACGAUGGUGAACUCAUGAGUACAAUUUAUGGUUCAGGACAGUUGCUAACUUGCUUUGGAGUGUUUUUUAGAACGGUAUCACUUCGAACGCUUACAGCGUACACCGAUUGUGAAGUUUAUGCGGAAAGUUUGAAUCUGGCACAAAGCGGUUUUAUGAGACUGAAUCUAGGGAAGUUUCAAAUAAGUCGUGAACAUCUAGGACUUGGUCUGAUACUGUUGUUUCUUGGAUUUAUAUUCUGGUAUGUUAUAUGUUAUUCGUUGACCCUAUUGAUAUUAAAUUAUCGUGGCAAUACAAUAUUCCAACACGCCGUUGGACAACUGGGAAAAUUUUUAAAAGCAGAAAGGGUCGAAGACAGUCUUAUAAAUAGAACGAAAGCUCAUUUUAGGUACUGGUGGGUGAGAACGGUAGAGGCAACAGAUACUUUAUUGCGUGGUGGUGAAACAUUGGAAAGGGAAUUAGCUAGUUCGGCUACCCAGCUUUACUUUUUGCCAAAUGAAGUAAUAAUGCGAGAGAUGGAUUUAAACCCGUGGAUUUUCAUCGUCCAUCGUGGUAAGAUCGCUAUUAAACAAGAUGGUGAAAAAUUAGCCACAUUAACAAAGGGUUCUAUAUUUGGUCAACUGGAAGGUCUAUUGCCGCGACCUAUUCGUGUCACGGCUGUAUCUGAAGAUUUUGCUGACAUACUUCAGUUGACGAUUAAAGAAUUUCAAGAAAUUAUUGAUGACAAAGUAAGAAAUAAUAUCAAAGAAAAUCCUCAGUCCAAACUAGACUUUAUGGCCAUUAAACGGAUAAUGUUGGAAAACCCUUACAAUACCGUAAAAUAUUUGUUAAGAGGACGCAAAUCCAUCAAAUUACCUGUUGUAGCAUUAACUUUAAAAGAGAUUUAUUUCAAGUUGCUUAUAAACAUGAUUAUAUAUUUAGCUGAGAUUUGGAUAUUAAGUGUUGUGAUCAGCGCCAUCUAUACAAAGUAUCGGGAGCUAUAUGCGUAUGAUUAUGACGUGAUCAAUCUUAUUCGUUACCUGAAACAUUCUGGAUUGUCACCGAUACUUUUGAAGUCUGUAAAAGAGUAUACUAAUCAGCUAUGGAAAAGACAGAGGGGUAACUGGUUGCCGGAACUUGCACAGCAAGCUCCUCAAUGUCUUCGCGAAGACCUCUUGGGUUCACUUUACUUGCACCACCUUCUCACUACGCCACUAUUUUCUGAUUUGCCUGUGUAUUUCAAUCGUCAAUUAGUUGCUCGCUUACAAAGAGUUGUGAUAUUUCCCGGUUGGUAA